AUAUGACAACUGUUUGAUUCUGAUUCUGGUGUUUGUCAAACUAGUAUUGCCAUCCAUAUGAAAUGGGACCGAUGGCCAAAAAGUUUCGCAUGCUAAUUUUAGUGUCUGUGUCGUUGAUUUCUGGAGCCUUUUUCGCCUGGCCUUUGUCUUUUAGGACCAUCUCGCGUCCCGACCUUUCGGAACGCUUGAAUCAUCAUUGUUCCCAAUUGAGUCAGAAUCAUUCGUUUUCAAUGAGCCAAAAGGCUCUGGAAAGAAAUUUCAUUUGGGACCGAACUCGGGGCGUGGCCUACUGCAAAAUCCCUAAAGCCGGCACCACCUUCUGGAUUCAGAACUUUGCCCGUUUUUCGGGUGUUCCGAAGACCAUUUUGGAGCGCCUGGGCCAGGAUGAACUCCAUCUGCUCAUGAAACACGUCUACAGACUGCCUAAAAUCUUGGAUACUCUUGAUCAAGUGGCUAUUUUGUCCCAGACUUAUUCCUUCACAUUUGUUCGCCAUCCCAUGAUCAGAUUGGCCUCCACCUAUCAAGACAAAGUUCUGGAUGCCUCCGAUAUCAAACAGUACAAAGGCUGGUCCAAGCUCGGAUCCGAAACCGGACGACCACCAAGUUUCGGCGAAUUCAUUGAUUACAUCUUAUCCAACUCGGUCGAAUCGGAGGAUGACCUGGACACCCAUAUACGUCCAUAUUGGAAGCAAUGCGGUUUUUGUUCCAUCAAGUAUGAUUUCAUUGGGAAAGUUGAGAACCUGGAUCAAGACAUGAAACUUCUACUAGCCCAAAUUGGACUAGAUAGUGUAAUCCAAAGCAAACAGGUUCAUUCCAGUUCGGGUGGAUCCACGGAUCAGCUGGCUCAAAAAUAUUUCCGUGAACUGAAUUCAAGUCAAAAGACGCGUCUUUAUGAGAUGUAUCGCAUUGAUUGCCACCUUGUCGAGUAUAAUUGCAAACAGUUUUUAUUCACGGACGAUUAAAUGUACCGAAUUGUAAAUUUGUUAAUUUUUAAA